AUGGCGACAAUCGCAGUGGAUGAGCUGUCAGAGGCGCUUUGCCUCCAAGUGCCAUGGGCCCGUUUGCAAGCUGAGCCGGCCCUGCUGGAGGUCCUGCAGACGUCAACGUCUCGGAGUUUGGCGGCUCAGGUUGCCGCAAGCGACUCGGCGGCUAGGCUGCUGGAGUAUGGCGCGGUCCUGGAGAUGACCUGCUAUGCCUCGCAAGCGGCUGCGAACACCGCAGCACCCCGAAACGCUCGGCGAACCAUGAGUCGAAUCUGGCCUCCCCCUGAAACUCCGGCAGAGAGCGGUGUGCCCACAAGCGCGGUUCCACAGUUAAUGGAGGCUCUUCGUCAGUCUCGGCUUCGCCUCGGGAUCACUCCUCAGGAGCACUGCAAGGUCGCUGAGACACUUCCAGACCAGUGUCGCAGCAGCCAGAUGCUGGGUUGA